AUGGAUCCUCUCUAUAAGAAUCUCAAGCAGCAAGUUACUUGCUCGAUUUGUCUCGAUACUUACACCCAACCUAAAACUAUAUCAUGUCUUCACACAUUUUGCUGUGAGUGUUUAGAGAGACAUGCCAGAGUGAGCCAGAGACAAGGGAAAUUCAGAUGUCCCGAGUGUCAGGCAGAAAUCGAUUUACCGGAAGGCAAUCGCUUCGACGGUUUGCCUAACAGCUUUUUACACAAAAGUCUGUUAGGUGUCUUUGAAGCGGAAGAGACUUGCCCGCAACAUACGGAAGAAAGAGUACGAUAUUACUGCUCCUGGUGUGAGGCGUGUAUUUGUCCAAUUUGCGUCGCUGAAGACCACCGAGGUCAUGCGUUUGACGUGCUUGAAAAUGCAGUACAAGAGGAUAAGAAAAACAUUAUGUUGACUGUCGAAACCAUCAAAGAAAAGGCAAACUUAUUUCGAGCAGAGUUAAGAAAAUUAGAGGAAUUAUCAGAGGAUGUGGAAUUGUCUAUCGCAAGGGCUAAAAAGGAAGUGUCGGAUGCAACUGAACACGUGAUCAGAAUAACGCGACAACAAGAAAAACAGCUCCUAGAGUCUUUAGAAAUGACGCGUAGGAGGAGAAUGGAGCGAAUCAACUCGGCUAAACAAGAACUAAUCUCUAAGGUAAAACAGAUGAGCCAAGCGGCUGAAUUUGCGGAGAAUUUGGUGCAACGGAGAUCAGCUGCGGAUAUCAUACAGAACAAAAACAACUUAAAACUUGAAGAGCUUUGUGGAGUAGAGGUUCCAAAACAUCGCCAGGCUACAUUUGUCAAAUUUACCGCCGCAUCGCAACACAACUUUAAACUGGGUUCUAUUCAAGUCUCCAAGAAGCCGGCAAUCGUAGGCAAAUCAACCCUCGAAGGACUGAAUCAAAAUUUUCAGGUUAAUGAACAGGCAAAGUUUACGUUGUGCCCACGGACAUCUGGAGGAGAGAUGAGUGACUACCCUGAAGAUCAAGUCGAAUUCCUCGUAACACCCGCCAAAGAUGUGGCAAACGUGACUGUUGAUGAGGAAUAUGACGGAAAUGUUAGGCUGAACUUUACUCCCAAAGUACCCGGGGCCUACAACAUUGAAGUGAAGAUUAAUGGCGAUAAACUACCGCCCUGUCCCAUGACUGUGCAGGUAAAAGAACGUGAACUUGUUGUGGUCGGCGAGUUGAAGUUAAAGCUCUUUCCGGGGGACAAGCUUAGAGGGUUAUUUGGAAUUGCUGUGAAUACAGAAGGCCAGAUAGUUGUGACGGAUAACAAUGGCCACUGUGUUUAUGUCUUUGACAAAAAUGGCAUCUGUUUGAGAAAAAUUGAAGGCAAGGGUAGUAACAAAGGAUUAUUUCAGCACCCUGUUGGCAUUUCGUUUUUAAAUGACAACGAGGUCCUUAUUUCAGACUUCACCAAUUGCAAAAUACUACAACUAAAUAUUCAGACAGGAACUGUGGUGAAAAGUUUUGGAAAAUUCGGUGAAGAAAAAGGAGAGCUAACUAAUCCAGUAUACGUUACUAUGGAUGAUGAAGAGCGCAUUGUUGUAACCGAGAGUAGCAAUCAUAGGAUACAGGUGAUGUCAAAGGAAGGAAGAUCUAUUUUUACAUUUGGAGACAAAGGCCCAGAGAAACUUGCAUGGCCAACCUGCUGCAUUUUUCACAAAAAUAUGUUUCUCGUAUCUGAUACAAGCAACCACUGCAUAAAAGCUUUUGACCUGUCAGGAACAUUCUUAUACAAGUUUGGCGAACGAGGGGAUCGACAUGGACAAUUUCGAAGGCCGCGUGGUUUGCUUGUAGAUAGCUCCGAUAAUCUUCUAGUAUGUGACACUGAAAAUAAACGAGUUCAGCAGUUUUCUUUAGACGGUCGCUUCACCGGAAAAAGUAUCACUCGUUUACCUAAGCCUAUGGCAAUAACAAAAGCACCAGACGGGCGUAUUCUUGUCACUAGCCAUGAUCAGAAAAAGGUGUAUAUUUUGGAAUAG